CAGCUGUCUCAGAGCAACAAUAACAAGCUGCACUGACAACUUCCCCGCGACACUACCGCCUCCUGACAGCGCCGCUCGACGCCGAAUCUCACACAAUGACGCCGUCUACAUAACUCCGGCCUCCGUGUCUUCGACCUCCGAGCCGGAAACCGGGUUGUCCUCGCCGCUGCCGCCGCGACACGAGCACGGAGAGUCGGCCGCAGGGGCAGCAGGGCAGGUCGGGGCUGCAUCUGGGUCAGUGGGCCUGUCGGCGGACCAACGGCUGCCUGUCUUCCCCCCGCAGUGUCCCCGCGGCGGUCCUCGCUCUUCCGUCCACACGUCGUGUCCCCUCUGUACCCGCCACGGUAACAUGCAGGCCAACGGGGCAGGACAGGACCGAGACUCCGAGCUGUCCUGCCGAAACGGAGCUGCACAGAACGGGGAGUCCUCUUCCUCCUCCGCCGCCGACGGGGGGGCUCACUCCAACGGACUGGUGUCAGGUACCAACAAUGGGAACACUGUCAGCAACAACAAAAACGGAGUGUCCGAGGAGCCCGCGGCCGACGACGACGACUGCAACACGCCGGACAUGAAGAGGAAGACGCGUCUGUCGCAGUCCGAGGAGGACGUCAUCCGGCUGAUAGGACAACACCUCCACGACCUGGGGCUCAAUCAGACGGUGGACCUCCUGAUGCAGGAGUCUGGCUGCAGACUGGAGCACCCCUCUGCCACCAGGUUUCGCAAUCAUGUCAUGGAAGGAGAGUGGGACAAGGCGGAGAGUGACCUAAAUGAGCUGAAGGGAAUGAUGCAUUCUCCCAGUGCUAUAGUGCGGAUGAAGUUCCUGCUGCUGCAGCAGAAGUACCUGGAGUAUCUGGAGGAUGGAAAGGUCUUGGAGGCCCUGCAAGUCCUCAGAGCUGAGCUCACUCCUCUCAAGUACAACACGGAGCGUAUCCACGUCCUGAGCGGGUACCUGAUGUGCAGUCACGCAGAGGACCUGCGAGCCAAAGCAGAGUGGGAAGGCAAAGGCACGGCGUCUCGAACAAAGCUGCUGGAUCGCCUCCAGACCUAUCUGCCUCCCUCAGUGAUGCUGCCCCCCCGCCGCCUGCAGACUCUGCUGAAGCAGGCCGUUGAGCUGCAGAGGGAGCGCUGCCUUUAUCACAACACCAAGCUAGACAGUGGACUCGACUCUGUGUCCCUGCUCCUGGACCACGCCUGUAGCCGGAAACAGUUCCCCUGCUACACCCAGCAGAUUCUUACUGAACACUGCAACGAAGUCUGGUUCUGCAAAUUCUCCAACGACGGCACAAAACUGGCAACCGGGUCCAAAGACACCACAGUCAUCGUGUGGCAAGUUGACAUGGAAACCCAGCAGCUGAAAUUGUUAAAGACUCUGGAAGGUCAUGCUUACGGUGUGUCAUACCUGGCAUGGAGCCCUGAUGAUACCUAUCUGAUAGCCUGUGGUCCUGAUGACUGCUCCGAGCUGUGGCUGUGGAAUGUGCAGACGGGGGAGUUGCGGACAAAGAUGAGUCAGUCUCAUGAAGAUAGCCUGACUAGUGUGGCCUGGAAUCCAGAUGGCAAACGCUUCGUCACUGGCGGUCAGAGAGGCCAGUUCUACCAGUGUGACUUGGAUGGAAACCUGCUGGACUCAUGGGAGGGAGUUCGGGUGCAGUGCCUGUGGUGUCUGAAUGACGGCCGGACCGUACUUGCAUCCGACACCCACCAACGCAUCCGAGGAUACAACUUUGAAGACCUGACAGACAGAAACAUAGUGCAGGAGGACCAUCCCAUCAUGUCUUUCACUGUUUCUAAAAAUGGAAGGUUAGCUCUGCUCAAUGUUGCUACCCAGGGAGUGCACCUAUGGGACUUGCAGGACCGGGUGCUGGUGAGGAAGUACCAAGGGGUCACCCAGGGCUUCUACACCAUCCACUCCUGCCUGGGAGGUCACAAUGAAGACUUCAUCGCCAGUGGUAGUGAAGACCACAAAGUUUACAUCUGGCACCGGCGUAGUGAGCUGCCCAUUGCAGAGCUCACUGGUCACACCCGCACGGUCAACUGUGUGAGCUGGAACCCCAUCCUGCCUGGACUACUGGCCAGCGCAUCCGAUGAUGGAACCGUCCGAAUCUGGGGGCCCGCCCCUUUCCUGGAUGUCCAAGAUGCAGAAGGGCUCAAUGAAUGCUGCAGUAUGGACAGCUGAUGAUCUUCUGGUGCUCUGAACCCAAGGAGCGCUAAGACUCUGUAGACACUUGAAUGGAUGAAGUGGGGGGAAGCUUUAUGAUUGGACAGCUGCCUCCUGGAGGCGGAGCUGCUUGUGCUCCAUGUCAGGAUGUCACAACUCGUCAGCUAUCGGACUCCGUCACAUUAUUGAGAGCAGAUCCGUUCUAGUAAUAGCUGGGCUCGAGAACAUCCAGAAUCUGACCCAUCACCCCUUCCUCCUCCUGUAUGGACCCAUUCCCUCAGCACCAUCCAGGACCACCUGGAGCAACCUGCUCUUAUUUAUUAUCAGCUACAUUAUUUAAUUUAUUCAUGAGUAGUGCUAGGCUGUGACGUAGCAGCACCAGGUGGAGGGUGAGUGUUCUUCUUUCGGUCCUCAGUCUGAGCUCCUCACAUUAAGAAUUUUCAGCUCUUUCCCCCUCCCACCUCCUGAACCCAUGAAGAAAUUUAACCUGCAGGAACAUUUGAAGGCUGAACUAACCACUUGAAGAGAAGGAUUUUUUUAAAUGCAAAAUUCUACGUUAACUUGUCUUUUUUUUAAUGAGGAACACAUUGUUUUUUUCCCUCUGGCUUUCCCACGGUUAGAAUAGAAAGAAUAGUCUUUGACUAGCAUGUUACACAGGACUGCACAUGACACCAUGAUCAAUGGCAACUUCAUGCAGUGUCAGUGGAUGGCUGCAUACAGCUGCUGAUGUGUUGAGACCUACAGUAUAGCGUUAGAAGGAUGAUCUGUCAACCCUUACCUCUGCAUAUGGAUUAUCUGAGUGUUGUCUCCUGUUGCUCUGCGUGGAUUUCUUCUUGAUUUUUGAUUCUGGCUUCACUUCCAUUUCUGUUUCUGCUUCCUGUACACAAACCGCACUCAUUAUAUCAAUUUAUUUGCAUUUGGUUUAGUUGUCACUUGUUCCAAGUUUCAUUUACCACACCGUGUUUGUGUUUUUAUUUACUGUAUGUGGAGCUAUAACAUGUAGGAAGACACUACCUGAUUUAUUUAUGAUCCCAGUGGAGCCCCAAAUCCCAGUUCAACUGUUUCAAAAGAUAAGGCUGGUGUUAUUCUCUGUAUUCUAUUGACAAAUAAUUCUGUAAAAAUAGACCAGAAGCAACCAUAUGUUUCUCAAAACCUGACAUCUUCCUCCCUCUGUCUGUGGCUCUCCAAGCCAACUUGUUUCUCCUGUCGAUGUGAACUUUUUAGAAACACCUCAAAAACAUCUGCUUGCUAGUUAUUUUCAAACAAAGUUUGCUAGGGUCAGAAUGAUCAUUACAUCUUCAGAAUCCACAUGGACUCAUCUGCAGGAUGGUCUGUGUGACUCAAAAUAAACUAGUCUGUGACAGUGUGUACGUGGUGAUGUAACAGUGUGGCUCACUGAUGUGUUUUAACAGUUGUUGGAAACAACGGCGCUCUGUGGUUCAGAGAAGUAACUAUCAGGUCAUAGAACACACACACACACAGAUUCAGUGACUUGUGGUCUGCACCUGACAUUUUCUUUCGGGAUGAAACAACAAAGAAAGCAAGAACAUUUGAGCCUCAUCCUCUGAGGUCAACACAUCACAGUGAGCUGAGAGGACGAUAUCAAAUUCCUGUUUAAUCACACAGUCGGUGUCUAACACAUUUGUACACAAGUGUAACAUAAAGUUAUUAUGUACUUCUACAAAGUGUUUCAGAGAAUCAAAAGAAAAAACUUGCUUGAUACAAUAUUCAAUGUAAUAUGUGCUGUAUAUUUGUAUGUUAUGGCAUGUAUUAUGAGACUGUGUACAAUGGCAGACAGGAUGACGUGUUUUUCAGGGUUCCCGCACCUGCUGUUGUUUUUUUUAAGAAUCCAGCUGCUCUUCAUCAGCAGUAUUUUUCAUCAGAUUUUCUUAAAUGUACGACUGUUGUAAUAUAAAGCACUGACUUCACAUUUACACCUGUACACCAACUAACACAGGUGUUUUGACUUUCAUAAACCAGAGUGCACAUUCACAUUUCAGUCUGCUCAUGUUCCCAAGAUGUCCCCAAAAGACUUGUUUUUCCUCCCAGUCCUGGAUGAUACCUGCAGGAUGGAGAGGACUGAGGGGAGCCUGUUUAUCUGCCCAGGCACCAUCACAGCCAGCACCAGCUUCUACUCUAACACAGAACAUGCACACACAGUGGCCCUCAACAAUAGAUGUCACACACACAUACACACACUUACAUUUGGGUGAAUCACAGUUGUGGUGUUCUAGCUUCUGCUUCUGCUACUUUCUUGAGUUGGUUUAUUCUUAGUAUUUCAGGCGUCUCUUCUUUUCUCUUUUUGCUGCAAGAAGCCAAAGUAGUAACUUUUUGCUUGCAGGCAGUUUCUGCCAGGAACCAUUUUACAUUUUAAAUGUGUUAUUACAAAAGGUGAUUGAACUGUUCUGUAUUGUUCUGUAGGAGACAUGCUACGUAUGCAUAUUUUAAAUAAAGCAUUCAGGGUUUUAAAA